GAGACGGCUCACUGAGACGGCAGGGCUCCUGGAAACAGGUUUGAACAGCGCAGAGCAGAGAGAGGCUAUCCGGUUUGUUCGGGCAGCUAGAGUAGCAGAAGAACAUUGUGGAGUCCGGACCUGUGUGUUGUGUAUAGUAGGUCGGAUUUUUUUCUCCAAAUUCUGUCAGCGAUAUUUUUUUAUUUUGGGGGACCUUCAACAUCUCUGCGCAGCGGCGGGGAGAAGCAAAAACAACCAAAAGUUACGCAGGAAGGGAGUACAUUUACAAGGAAAGAAAAACCCAACAAAGAAAGGGAGCGGGGAAGUAGUUUCUCGCUAGCUGGCGAGCUAGCUAGUUUUGGAAGAAACCGCAAAGAAAGUAUGUCUGUGGCCGUGCGUAAUGCUUUCGCAAUGGAUUAUAACAGAGUACUGUGUAUAUUUUUGCAGGUGUUUUUAUUGAUCAGUUUAGGAUCUAUAAGGGUAAAUGGACAGUAUGGCGACCGGGGAAUGUCUAUUCCAGAGCACGGCUUUUGCCAACCGAUUUCUAUUCCACUUUGUACGGACAUCGCAUACAACGAAACCAUCAUGCCAAAUUUACUAGGACACACAUCCCAGGAGGACGCAGGGCUCGAGGUACACCAGUUUUACCCGCUUGUGAAAGUUCAGUGUUCUCCUGAUUUAAAGUUUUUCCUCUGCUCCAUGUAUGCGCCUGUGUGCACGGUGCUUGAGCAGGCGCUUCCCCCGUGCAGGUCACUGUGCGAGAGGGCGAGACAGGGCUGCGAGGCGCUCAUGAACAAAUUCGGAUUUCAGUGGCCGGAAAGGCUCGUGUGCGAGUCUUUCCCGGUUCAUGGAGCGGGCGAGCUGUGCGUCGGGCAGAAUAUGUCGGGUCAAAGCACACCGGUCAAUCCCACCCCCGAUGUAACGGAGCCUCCGCAUGAUACUGGGAUUGUAAAAGGACAGUUCAAGUGCCCGGCUUCGCUGAAAGUACCCACUUAUUUGAAUUACCGUUUUCUCGGUGAGGAUGACUGUGGCGCACCGUGUGAGCCAAAGAAAUCUAACGGAAUGAUGUACUUCAGCGAGGAAGAGUUAAAAUUCGCCAGGAUAUGGAUAGUAAUCUGGUCCGUGUUAUGUUGUGCAUCCACGUUAUUUACCGUUCUAACCUAUCUGGUGGACAUGAAGCGCUUCAGCUACCCUGAGCGUCCUAUUAUCUUCCUAUCCGGUUGCUACACCAUGGUAUCCAUUGCCUACAUAGCUGGAUUUCUCCUUGAGGACAAGGUGGUUUGCAAUGACAGGUUUGACAACGACAUUAGGACUGUGGUGCAGGGUACCAAAAAGGAGGGUUGUACCAUCCUCUUCAUGAUGUUGUAUUUUUUCAGCAUGGCCAGCUCCAUCUGGUGGGUCAUCCUGGCCCUCACCUGGUUCCUGGCAGCAGGGAUGAAGUGGGGCCACGAAGCCAUCGAGGCCAACUCGCAGUACUUCCACCUGGCGGCGUGGGCUGUGCCCGCCAUUAAGACCAUCACUAUCCUGGCGGUGGGCCAGGUGGACGGGGAUGUCCUUAGCGGCGUGUGCUUCGUGGGCAUCAACAGCGUGGACGCUCUCCGAGGCUUCGUCCUGGCACCGCUCUUCGUCUACCUCUUCAUCGGCACCUCGUUCCUCCUGGCCGGCUUCGUGUCUCUGUUCCGGAUCAGAACCAUCAUGAAGCACGACGGCACCAAGACGGAGAAGCUGGAGAAGCUGAUGGUGAGGAUAGGGAUCUUCAGCGUGCUCUACACCGUCCCCGCCACCAUCGUCAUCGCCUGCUACUUCUACGAGCAGGCCUUCCGGGAGCAGUGGGAGAGGACGUGGAUCAGCCAGACGUGUAAGACGUACGCCGUGCCCUGUCCGGCCCACCCACACCCCAACAUGAGCCCCGACUUCACCGUCUUCAUGAUCAAGUACCUCAUGACUCUGAUCGUGGGGAUAACGUCCGGGUUCUGGAUCUGGUCUGGGAAGACCCUCAACUCCUGGAAGAGGUUUUAUACGAGACUGGCUAACAACAACCAGGGAGAGACCACGGUGUGAGUGGUCUGAGUGGGGUGAGACCUCUGGAUGUACUGUAGCCUAUGAUGGGUGUCCCCCACACACAAAAAAAAACGGUUUAUUUACAGACUGAAUGAAUGAUAAUCGUUUUUGGACUUAAUUGCCAUGCAGAGACACUCAUUGGUACAUGAUGUUUCUAUUGUACAUAAAACAUUUUUGUAAGUAUAUAUUUGUAUUUAAAGAUCAAAAUUCUCUUUUUUAGUUGUUUCCCUCUAUUAAAACCAACAUUUAUUUGACACAAUUUGGGCAUAAUGGAAAUGGACCUUGGUGAUAAAGAGCCAGCUGACUGAGCAUUUAGCAUGAAGGAUGUGGUUGUCUUAGGACCUGAGUUGGCUCGGUCACUGCUGGGAGAGGGUUGGAGCGGUUGAGUUGGCUCGGUCACUGCUGGGAGAGGGUUGGAGCGGUUGAGUUGGCUCGGUCACUGCUGGGAGAGGGUUGGAGCGGUUGAGUUGGCUCGGUCACUGCUGGGAGAGGGUUGGAGUUGUUGAGUUGGCUCGGUCACUGCUGGGAGAGGGUUGGAGCGGUUGAGUUGGCUCGGUCACUGCUGGGAGAGGGUUGGAGCUGUCUUUGAUCAGUAGACUGGCUCGGAACAUUGUUUCUAUUCUAAGCAGCAGAGUCCUGUGAAAAACAAUUGCUUCCUCGUGGGUCCUUAUCCCCCAUUAUACUGCUGUUCUUUCUGUCCAACUGUUCUCUUUUAUUCAACAUAUUUCCAAAAGCCUAAAUGCCUGGGAUUUGAAGGUUAAAAGUACAAUCAACAUUUUUAAAACAAGAAAGUAGGUAUAGGUCUGGGAUUUUGUGCACAUGUACUGUGUAGCCUAUAUGACAUGAAUCCUCCAAAUACAAAUGUUUUUAUAACCUACAGUACUUUAAGCUAGAAUGAGAACAUUUAGCCCCAAAUUUAGCCCGAAUACUUUCACCAAAGUUAAAAGCCGUCUUUUGGUAAUUACAACAAAAUAUUUUAAUAGAAUGAAAGUAAACCAUUUGCAGGAUCUUUUCAACAUUUUGUUUAUGUGUUUCAGAUAUCCUUGCUGCCUAUU